CUUUUAAUUGUCCUAAUGAAAGGUCUCUUCGACGUUGUCUAACCAACCUUGAGGGGCCUGUUUUUUUUUUUAAUGACUGUGGUAAUAUUAAAAACAACAAAACCUACAAAAGUGAUCUUAAGAAUCCCUACUGCAAUGAUCUUGUUAGUGAAAAGAACAAACGAGUAAUUCAUUAUCCAGUAGCUUUUGUUCAUCCAAUCAAUAAAUUAGAUGUUAGUAAAGCCAUUAAAUGUGGUGCAGACAAUAAUUUUCCCGUUGUUGCAAAAGCAGGUGGUCAUUCUCAUGAAAGUUAUAGCAUUGGCGAUAAAAAUUGCGCUCUGGUUGUUGAUCUUAAGAACUUCAUUAACAUUGACAUCAAUAAAGACAACGGAAUUGUAGUAGUCGGACCAGGAAAUAGGUUAGGGAAACUAUAUUGGAAAUUAAAUAAUGAAGAUGUUGCAUUUCCAGCCGGAAAUUGUCCUAGUGUUGGUGUUGGUGUUAUAUUAGGAGGUGGCGAAGGACGCCUUACACGAAAAUUUGGAAUGUCAUCUGAUAAUAUCGAAGAUGCCCAAAUUGUUUUAGCAAAUGGGACAAUAGUUGAUAGUGCCAAAAAAUAUGAUGACCUUAUUUGGGCUCUUCGAGGCGCGGGAAGUGCUGGCUAUGGAAUCGUAACUAACCUAACCCUAAAGAUCCAUCCUAUAGAAAAUCCUUUGUCUUCUAUAAGGUUAAAAUAUAAUUUUACUCUUAGCGCGACAAAAUUGUUAUAUAAUACAAUGAAUCAAUAUGGGCAAAAUUUUGAUCCGAACUUAGCAGUGGAAAUUAUUCAUAAAUUUAGUUCAACUAAACCAUCAACCUCGGUUCAAACUCUUUAUGUAGGUAAUGCAAGUGAAUUAGAAAAAUGUUUACAAGAAUUUAUUAAAAAAUCUAAUGCGGAUGGACCUAAAAAUAAAAUGGGUGAUUUUAACUUUACCGUAGAAGAUUGGUUUCACGCGAUCACUUUACAAAACUUUUCUAAAGAAACUGAUCUUGAUAAUUUCAUUGAUAAGAAAGAUAAAGAAGAGCGAAAACCUGUUAAGGUGAAAUCAUUUUAUGUUAACGCUCCUGGGCUAUCUGAAAAAGGGGUUAAGAGUUUAUUCAAUUUUAUGAACAAAAUGAAAGAUGACUGUUCAGGUGUAAUAGUGACAACGUUAUAUGGUGGCGGAAAUUUCAACAAUCUUAGCCGAACUGAAACCGCAUAUGUUCACAGAAAUUUCAUGUAUGAUAUAAUGAUUCAAAUUGAUUUACCGUUACAAUCUGAUGGCACAUAUGUGGAGGAUAAAAAAGCAAGAAAGUGUUUAACGCGGUUAGAUAAAUUUGGCAUAAAAUUUCAAAAAAAGUAUACUAGCAAUGAAAGUUUUCAGAAUUAUAUUGAUAGAAGAUUGGAUGAUUGGCAAUGUAGAUAUUAUGGAGAAAAUUUUGAAAGGUUGGUGGACAUUAAAAAGAAAUAUGAUCCUUCGAAUGUAUUUAAUUGGAAACAAAGUAUUCCUAUUGUUGAUAAAAGGAGAU